AUGCCGAUCACGGCUCUUCCCCCGACGACAGUUCGGGCCAUUGGUUCUACCUCGGCCAUCACAGACCCAUAUUCGGUGGUGAAGGAACUGGUUGACAACGCGCUGGACGCAGCAAGUUCCUCGCUUGUGGUCGAGAUAUCACAGAACACUCUUGAUGUCAUCCAAGUCAAGGACAAUGGAUAUGGAAUUCCUUCCGAGGACCACCAAUUUGUUUGCAAGCAUGCUUUCACCAGUAAAAUCCAAACGGUCGAUGAUCUCAAAAGGAUCGGCGGUACAUCGCUUGGCUUUCGCGGUGAAGCCUUAGCCAGUAUUGCGGAUAUUUCAGGUGGUGUCACCAUCACAACACGUAUCGAAACCGAGGUCGCUGGGUCGUGUCUCAAGUAUGGCAGAGAUGGGGAGCUUGCGGAGACGCAGCGAACCUCGCAUCCAGUGGGCACAACUGUCCGUGUUACGGAAUUUCUCAAGCACGUCCCUGUCCGCAGGCAGACUGUCCUGAAAUAUGCUGCUAAAAAUGUCACCAGGAUCAAAAAGCUCCUCCAGGCGUAUGCAAUGGCUCAACCUUCGAAGCGUAUUUCACUUAAAGUUCUGAAGGCCAAGAAUGAAAACAACAAUUGGCUGUACGCACCACAGUCCACUGAGAGCUUAGCAGACAAGGCCAUUAAAAUCGUUGGCAUAGAGGCAUCCUCCUGUUGUGAAAUUCGAAAGUUUCCUUCUGAAACGAGUGAAGAUGAGGACGUAAGAGGCUACCAAGUCGUUUCUUUUCUCCCCAAAGCGGACACGGACUUUUCCAAGGUGAACAACACAGGGCAAUUCUUUAACGUGGAUGGCCGGCCUUUGUCUACGAGCAGAGGAAUCGGACAGGACAUUGUCAAGCUAUACAAGACAUACCUCCGCUCAGCAAGCUCCAAACUGGCAACGCCCGUUUCGAUUUCCGACCCAUUUUUUUGUUUGCGGAUUCAGUGUCCCCUGGCGAGCUACGAUGUCAAUAUCGAACCGUCGAAAGAUGAUGUACUGUUUGAGGAUCGAGAUCUUGUUCUGUCUUUGGUUGACAGCCUUUUGCAUGAGCAAUAUGGCGAUCUAAAAAACUCCAACCAGAAGAAACCAACAAAAGUUAAGCAAACAGACUCGAAUGCGGCUUCCAGCGGUGUUGGAUUUGAGCUUCUUAUGGCCAGAAAACGCCCGGCCCCGGUGAUCGACCAACCUCAGGGCUCGGCGGAGGCAGCUGUUGACACUGCUGUCACUACUCCUCUUAUGCGACCACUGAAUUUAACCGAAACUAUUUCCCCUGGAAGUUCUCGUCACAGUUGUCUUCAAAGCCCUGUCCGGCCUUCCAACGCAGCGAACGGAAAUUCGGAUUUCAUCAAUCCAUGGUCUAUCACUAAAAUAAAUGUCCCGGUGUAUACUCCUGAUAGGGAACGUGUCUCAGCCCAGGUUACAAACCAUCGUCCAUUAGGGUUGGAUGGCAGUCCUCAUGGAUUCGUGCAGACAAGUGAGCAGAGCCAUGCUUAUCAGACGCCUUCGAACAGUCGUGAAUUCUUCAGCCCGCCUCAGUCAAGAGGAACUUCAGACUCUCCUCUCAGCCAUCGCCAACGUCAUCGUGAUCCGCAGCAGUCUCCAGUUACAGAAACCCCGGUUUCAAAUGGAUCUCGAAGCCAUGCUCGAGAAAGGGACAGAGAACGAUACGGAAAUGGGGCUCUCGAUACCUGGUUUCAAAAGACUACACAAAUGUCGCUCCAGCAAAGUCCUUCGAAUCCUAGCCUCGAGCAAGAGACGGGGCACGCUCCUCUUUCGCAACUUGCUCAAAGGCGAUUUGUCUUCCCUACUGAGAGAUCAAUACAGGAGUCAUCGGUUGAUGACCGAAGCCCAUCACCCUUGCACGAAAUGCCCAACGAGACUCGUCAUUCUGCGCAGGGUGAUAAUACUUUGCCUCCAAACUCCAAUGGCCAUCUUCCAGAAUCUAUGAACAGUGGUCGAGGUUUUCCAGUACUCGAAAAAUGGGCGGCCAGCCUUCAUCAGGGCAUGGACACUGAGAAUUAUCUUGGACUGGAACAAGCUCUUGAUUUUGAGAGGCGCAAGAAGGAGGCCAUGCAGAGCCGUCGCACACAAUCGAAUGAUCGUGUCAGAACUUCAAGCUCGCAACCCGGUCCUUCGUCUUCCCAUUCUCCCCAUCGCAACCGAUACCUGGCUGCAAGAGCUGCCCUGACUUCUGACAUACCCUCCGACGCUCUUCCACUCUUCUCUUUCAACCAACCCAACCCAAAGCCAUCGCUUUCACCUCAUGACUCGAGGGCAUAUCUGAUGCGUCAUUCUAGUGGCCACCAACAGAGCGGCUCUCAGAAAGAAGACCCCAAGUCUAGGCGCCUACAUACAAGCAAAUUGCCCUUUGAGAAAAUCACAGAUGGGUGUGAUUUACAUGACCUCUGUUUACCUCUUCCUUCAGAUCUGUCUGCUAUAUCCGAGUCUUUCAAUCUUACGAAGGGUUACGAUAUAUACACCCAGCAAGGAGAAAACUCUGAGGCAUUCUUGCCAUCUACAGAAUCUCCCGUUGCUCUCUGGAGUCAGCAACUGGCCAUCCUGAUCAACAAACAGUACCAGACUCGCGAUAAAUCGCAGUCACCUAAAUGGCGAGUGGAUCUUUCAUCGGUUGUUGAACAACAUCUGAAAAACCACCAUGCCGUUUGA